AUGGGUCCUGAUGUAUCUUCAUCGUUUCAAAUUAAGACUGGAGCACAUCCGUCUACACCACUAAAAACUGUUAAUGGCGUGCGUCGUUACAUCGCAAGUAUAAGUCGUGGACCUACUCCGGAAACUUGCCAGGGUGCCGUGGUUAGACAGAACUCCAAGACCGAUUUGCUUGCUCAGCAGCAUCGUGAAACUGAGGUGAACGUAUAA